GGUUCGGAAUACAUUGUUAAGCGUGGAACCUGAACUAUUAUAAUAGAAGCAAGGUAAAAUUAUCCGGUAACUUACCUUUCCAUUGUUUAUUUGCCGUGAAACAACUCUUUCAACGGUAUAAAAUGUUGGAUCCCCAUUCCUACGUGUCUUUUUUCUUUUUUGAAUGCCUCCCCACAACAGUUCACCCAAAUUUGUCUCGUUAAGUUGACGAUAAAAGCCGUCUCCUUCGCGAAGUCGCUUCUCUUCCGCCAUUUUGAAUAAUAAAUCACAUCUGAACUGCACAUGCGCAGUUCAAUUAAAAAAUAAAAUGAGCGCCCGCGCUGAUAACCGCUGACUAUAUAGGAUUUCUACUAAUGCGGUGGCUUGUGACAAACAACAAACAGUCCAAAGGAUAUACCCAGGACCAAAAGUUAAGCGAGACAAAAUAUUUUGCCCUAGAGCAGUAAUGUAUGUCGCUUCAUCAACCAAGACUUGGAGUAUGGAAACGCAAUGCGGGUGGCGCCAUUUAUGAGGACCGAAGCUACGAUGGCGGCAAUUAUAAGACACACAUAGAGGUCGUGUCUUCAUUGAACCGUAAAAACUUACAGCUUAAUUAAUAACAACGAGAAGAAACGUUUCUUCUAAAUAUCUUAUGAUUCAACAACGACCUUAACUUAUCUAGAAUAAUUGGUGUUCAACGAAAGUACUUGAUGAUCUUGAGGGGCUGCCUUUUUUAUUGAUUUGCAAGAGACAAGUUCAAGCCUUGAGAUAUUGUGGCUUGGGAUAUGUAUCGGAGAUUUAAAAACACUUUGUUUCACUUCAUGGCAACUGGAAGUCUUAUUCUUAUCUUUCUCUGGAUAAGUGUGGUUUUAAAUGGGAAGCUUGGCAGAACUCAUGGCCAGGCCCCUUACCAGGAGUUUGGCACUCAUUGGUGUCGACAGAGGGAGGCCCGGGUAGACUGGAAAACAAUAAUAAAGCCUUGUACCCAAUACUUUACAGAGAAUGCGGACGAAUUCAGAAAACAUAUGGAGAGAUUCAAGACAAGUGCAGAAGAUAGUUCCAUCGUUAAAUUCGAUAUCCGUCCGGCUAAAGAAUUCAGCAGAUUUAUCAUACAGUCUCGAACUUCGACUGGUCUUCGGAAGGCGUUUGGGGGUGAUGCUUGGCGUGUUGCUCUGGUCGGUCCAUCUUCGGUGGCCGCUACUGUUCUUGAUAUGAAUGAUGGGACAUACGAGGCAUUGGUUCUAUUGGUUGAACCUGGUCGAUAUGAGAUCAAGGCAACGCUGGAUUAUUCCUUGUGUGAUGGUUUACGAGAUCCACCAAUUGAUUGGUUCAAGAGAGCUCAUUGCUCAGGAAAGCAUAAGAAUGUCAGUUUGGCAAGCACGCUAUACGCCGAUAUGUCUGUAUACAUAAACAAGCCGCUUCGCACUAAGGAAGGGAAGCUGUACGAAAUAACGGUCAUGGGACCAAGAUGGACCGAGAUGGAAUUUCAGAAUAACAUGCGCGCAGCAAUGAGAGAGUGUCCGGUCCGCUGUCACGCCAUGUGGGAUGGCUACGGACGGUGGACUGGGGCCAAGUGGCGGCCAUACUUGAACACCACAGCACAAGACUACGCUGAUGACGCUACAUUGCGAAGAGAUUUUCAUCACCUUCCACACAAAGGAAGUUUCGCCAUAUAUGGCGAUUCCAUCAACUACUAUUUCUUUCUUGAUCUGUCUGAUCGCCGACGAACCAUGUGUUCUCAAGUUUUCAACAAUUGCACCGUGUCCUACAACUGGAUCUACCCCAAGGUUCUUUAUAGUAUGACGGAGACUUGUGAGGACAUUGUUCUUAACGUCUCAAAAGUCAUGGGUUUCUUUCGUGACUUCACAAGAAAGCCAUACAUGGGCAGUAGCAGCGGACUGCUCUUCAACAUCGGCGCACACUACGUCAAGACCACGAACUUUCUCAACUACCAGAAGGUUAUCAACGAAAUGGCAAACGAAAUAAAGACACACUACAGUGGUACGCCUGUUUGGAAAACCAGUACCGCGAUUCACGUGCAGAAUGUUGACAUCAUGGGUGCAUUCAAACGCUUUAACACCAACCAGCGUAUGCAGCUCUAUAACGCGUACGCGAACUCCGUUAUGUGCAAGAAUAACAUCACAAUUUUGGACGUGUACCCCCUGACUCAAUCAUACCCAGGGGGGACUAGGGACGGUAUCCACUAUAAGGACUCGGUAUUCGAGUCUGUAGAGUCUCUACUCGAAAGCUAUUUUUUUAAUCCUUGAUCUCUUUUGAUCCUUGAGGGGGGAUGGGGGAGGGAAGGUGUGUGCGGGCACCCUUGGCCCAACUGGCCGAAAGGGAGUUAUUGAAGGAUCUCCAAAUACUAUCCCUUUCUCGUAUAAUGACUGUACACUCCUUCAACGCCUGUGCUUCAACAAAAAGAUGGUGAGAUCAUAUACAAUAACCCUUAGUUAUUGUUAUGGUAACUUAUGCAUACGAAUUUAAUUAUGAAUUACGUCCUUUUUACACGAGAUUUGUAGAGGGGUUUUCAAAAUUCCGUGCAACAAAAUGUAAUUGUUAAAAUUAAAUAGUUAAGCCAGAACAAAAGAGAACAAAAACAUUACAGUGUAUUAGUACUAAAUUAACUAAAUAGUAUUUCACGGGUAUUUGAAAACCACUCAAGUUAUUUAAACAUGAGCGUUGCCGGAAGUCAAAAAUGUGAUCUGCGUGUACAUUUCUGCUCACCAAAAUUCUUAGCAGAUAAAUUCUUUUUUGUGUGUGAAGACUUUUUCACAGUUUAUAGGAAACUAUUUACUUAUGAUAAUAUUGAAUGCAGUGUUUUGAAUUAACCCCUAAAAACGAGUAAAAUUGUCAGGUUGAGC